AUGCAAGGAAAGAUUGGCCUUCGUACUGUUGGUCGAGACAAUCGAGACGCUACGAUCCAUGAUGUGCAUCAAGACGCGACUGCGAGCCCAUUUCGACGUCCUACCGAUGGAAUCAAAAAGCCCAUUGUAGAAUCUGACACCAAGCGUAAAGCUGUCGAGGAGCUUAAACCAUCAUCGACCAAAAAGACGACGACGACGACAACAACAACAGUGCCCACACGACGCAGUACGCGCCUCAGCAAAACAAAAAGCAGCAGCAGCAGCAGCAGCAGCAGCAGCACGCAACCCACGUUAUAUGAUGUAUUUUCUCGUACUCGAACGACUCGCAGUAAAAAGGAAGAUGACAAGAAGCGUGAACGAGAUGAUCAUGUGUCCAAUGAACCAUCCAAAAAACAACGCAUAUCAGCCAACGAUGAUUCCUCCAAUGAUGUUGCGAUUGAAGAAGCGCCAAUCCAGGAAACAAAGGCAUUAGCAGAGAAAUCGGCAUCAUCUUCAACCAUUAAAGACGACGACAACAAUGAUUCCUCCGUUUCAAAGAAGGAUGAUCAACCUUUGCAGGAGAAGGCUACUACUACUACUAGUGUGGAUCUCCCAGCUAGCCCAGCCGAGUCACCAGAGCAUCGUCCAUUGAUUAGAGAUGCACCAUCUCCUCUUCCUGAUUUGCCACCGACACCAUCAUCCUUGGGAUCAACAUCACGUCAAAGGGAAAUCUCUCAUUUGCCUAAGCCGAUUUCUGCUACAAGUCAGCCAAUUGAUAAGGCACAACAACAAGUGGGUGAUGGGAGCUAUAUCACUACUCAUUUGAAUCCCAAAACGCGUAUGGCCGAAGAAAGCGAGACACUUGAAAAGCUCAGAGGUGCACUCGACGUCAGCUUGACAUUCCAUGCUGGACAUCAACGGGUGGCUCUUUUUCACAAUAUCCAACCUAUGCUGCGUAAUUCAACAAAAAAAAACAUCACUGUAUCCCACAUUGCAAAGAUAUUAUACCUGGCACCUGUGCUGUACAAGAUGACACCCAAGGUUUUGAAUCAAGGACGACAGACAUUGGAGACCUAUCAAGUUGAUUUUGGUGAUGAUUGGACGCCACCAUUGACUGGAAAGGAUUUGGAGCAACGUAAAGAACUUUUGUCUCGAAAUCUCAAGAAGCAUUUUGAUACACAUGGAGAAGGACCGAUACCUGAGAAGGAGUUACCAAAGCAUGACAAGAUUGUGGACCAGAAAAAGUGGAUCGAGACUGCCAAAUUACCCAGUGGUGUGAGAGAUCUAUUGAAGUUUGAGGAACAGCGAAAGGAAGAUGAAAAAAGGAAGGAGGAGAUCAAAAAGGAACAAAAGGCGGCACCCAUUGCCCAGGGUGGAAGUGUCAAGGAUCGACGACAGGCACUUUUGGAGAGAAUUCGUGCCAAGUCGGCGAAAAAAUAA